AUGAGAAAAUUAAGUAUUAUUCUGUUUCUGGUGUAUCUAAUUAAUUCCAUCGUAUGUAACUCGAUCGAUAAUGAAGUAGAGAACAAGAAUGUGGAUAGAACCAUUGACAUAACAUCACAAUUGGUGAAAAUUUCUUACAAAAUCACAUUGGACCACAAGUCGAAAAAGCCGAUAAAUAAUUAUGUCUUUGUGGCUCCAAUUGAUGACUGUAACAAUCUAUCAUUCAUCUCAGCACGUGAUGCAAACAAAAAGGAAAUAAAAUUAACGCAAUCAAAGACUUUAACAGAAUGUUCUUAUUCGAUGACGUUGUCGGCUGGAAGUUUACCAACAAUUUAUAUUGAGACAGUCUACGCAAAAGUACUGCAGCCAUAUCCAACAGAAAUUGUUCAAGGUGAUAGACAAUUGAUCAGAUACUUUGGAAAUGCCUACUUCUAUUCACCAUACAAGACUUUAGCUCAAAAGACAAUCGUACAUCUUGCAUCCAAAAGUGUCGAGAGUUUCACACAACUUAAGCCAUCAUCACAGUCUGAUACUCAAAUUUCAUAUGGACCCUAUGAGAAUAUCGCACCUAAUUCAAAGUACGAAAUUGUGAUUCACUACGAAAACAACACUCCAUUCAUGACAAUUACAAGAUUAGAACGAACGAUUGAGGUAUCACAUUGGGGAAAUGUAGCUGUUGAAGAAACUAUCGAUAUUAUCCAUUCCGGAGCUUUGUUGAAAGGAUCAUUCUCAAGAUAUGAUUAUCAAAAGGACUCGAGAAGUGGCCCAGCUAGUAUAAAGUCAUACAAAACAAUCUUGCCAGCAUCAGCUAGUGGAGUUUACUAUCGUGACACAAAUGGAAAUAUUUCAACUUCGGCUAUGAGAGUUUUAAAGGAUUCAGUUGAAUUAGAUCUUCGUCCUCGAUUCCCAUUAUUUGGUGGAUGGAGAACUCAUUAUACAAUUGGCUACAAUGUUCCAAGCUUUGAAUAUUUAUUCCAUAAAGGCGAAAAUUACAUGUUGAAGAUGCGCGUUAUUGAUCACGUUUUUGACGACAUGGUUGUUGAUGAACUUAUCACAAAAGUCAUCUUGCCUGAAGGAUGUAAGAAUAUUAAGCUAAUAGCACCAUAUGCAGUCGAUAGAAUGACUGAUACAUUACAUUAUACCUAUUUGGACAUUACUGGACGUCCAGUCAUUACAUUCCGUAAGACUAAUUUAGUUGAGAAUCAUAUUAAUGACUUUAAUGUCAAAUAUCAAUUUUCACGAAUCAUGAUGUUACAAGAACCAUUAUUAGUUGUGGUAUUCUUGUAUCUCUUCUUCUUGCUUGUGAUUAUUUGGAUGAGACUUGACUUUUCAAUCAUCAAAGAUCGUGAACAACACGUACACAAAGAUUAA